AUGGAGUUGAUGACGCGCCUGAAGCAGGCUUCGGAUGACACAACUCCAGUAGAUAUUGCCAACAACUUAGAAACAUUACAAUUCGAAAGUGCUCUGUCUGCAGAGGAAACACAACUUCUUCAUCUCCGUAACAGGACACAUGCCAUCACCGUGUCUUCAUGUGCCCAAGCAACAUAUUUUGCAAGUGUCCUACAUGAAGCAAGACAGUUGAAAAAACAGCUUAAAAGUCCACAGAAAAGAACUGCCAAGAUAUUACAGGAUCGUGAACCUCGUGACCCACUGAAGGUUGGAAUCAUAGGAUGUGGUCGUUUAGGGAGUCAGCUUGCUCAUUGUCUGCUUACUUAUGGAGAUAUGAACCCUAAAGACUUAAAAAUAUCUACAAGGCGACCGGAGACCCUUGAGUAUUUAAGAAACAAAGGAGUGGACUGUGCCCAUGACAACAUUAAGUUGGCAUCAACUUCCCAUUUAAUAUUUCUAUGUGUGCUUCCAUCACACAUUCAAACUGUCGCUGAAGAAAUUUGUGAACAUUUACCACGGGCAUCUAUAGUGUAUUCCUUUGUCAGUACAUACACUCCCAAGAGACUUAAACAACUGCUGGGUACCAGCAGUGUGAUGAAGCCAGAGUAUAGCUGGUCAGAGGAAAGUGAGAGGAAUACAUGGAAUUGUAAUAUCAAUGUAAACUCAGCCCUCGAGGAUCCAGAGAUUGUAGAAAAAACAUGUCCCAUUGGAUACAGGAAAACAGAAUGUGUUGUGAUGUGUGAAGAGAAAUUAGCAGAGAUUAUCAUAUUUGCUUUUAUCAACAUGGUAACAACUCUACGUGUGAACAAGGAGGAUGCUCUCAGUAUCCUCCACAUUGUCAUGUUUGAGGAUAUCCCGGAGGACCACCUGCGUGAGGAGGACUUCAUUAGGAGCUCACUUGACCAAACAGGGAUGUUUCCAAGGUUCAAUCUGACCCAGCUGACAGAGGUAACAACAUCUGUGCUCAAAAGAAUCUCAACAUGCGCACCCCUCAGAGCAGCAUUUGUGAAAAAAUAUCUUGGAAUAUUUGACAGUUAUGUGCAACAAAAAAAUUAUGAAAUGUUAAAUGGAACAAUUUGA